CUGUAUGUGAGUGUGUUCUACAACUAGGAAGCUGGAACAGACAACGGCAACUAGUUUUAGUGGGGAAGAAAUAACUGAUCGUAAGCCGGAGCUCUCUGUCAUGGGCAAGGCGAAGGCAAACGCUGGGCCCCUGGCCCGGAGGCCUGAUAACUCUGCUUUCAAACAGCAGAGACUGCCUGCCUGGUCCCCAAUGCUCACAGCUCAAACCGUCCUGCCUUUCUUCUACAGUAUGGCCGCUGUGUGUGUGCUGCUGGGGGUGUGGCUACUUGUCACCGUGCAGAAUACACACGAACUGAAGGUAGACUACACACACGCAGGUUCAUGUGAUAAGUGUUUUGAGAAGCGUAAAGACCGUGCCAAUGCGAACCAGAGCUGCAACUGCACUGUGGUGUUUAACAUCGAAAACAUGUUCAAGGGAGAUGUGUUCUUCUACUACGGCCUGAUCAACUUCCACCAGAACCUCCGGCAAUACAUGGACUCCAGGGACGAUGGACAGAUGAUUGGGAGAAAGGAAAACCUCAAGAACCCCAGCUCCUAUUGCAAGCCCUUCAUAAAGGAUAAGAACGGACUACCUAUCGCCCCCUGUGGGGCUGUGGCCAACAGCAUGUUCAACGACUCCUUCACUCUGGUGUACCACUCCGCAGCGAGCGGUCCGGUGGUCCAUGUUCCUCUGUUCAGGAAGGGCAUCACCUGGUACACCGACAAGAACGUCAAGUUCCGCAACCCACAGGCGAACAAGACCCAAACAUUAGCACAGGUGUUUGAAGGCACGGCCCAGCCUCUGUACUGGCAGAAGCCAGUGUAUGACCUGGACCCCUGGGACCGUAACAACAACGGCUUCAUCAACGAGGACCUGAUUGUGUGGAUGAGGGAGGCUGCCUUCCCCAACUUCAAGAAGCUCUACGGGGUCCUGAACCGAGCCAUAGAACCCUUCACCGAGGGGCUGCCGGCUGGAAACUACAGCGUCCAUAUCUCCUACAACUUCCCAGUGGAGUACUUCCAGGGCAGAAAGGAAGUGGUCCUGUCCACAGUCAGCUGGUUCGGGGGUCAGAACAACUUCCUGCCCGUAGCCUACCUGGUCACAGGCUGUCUCAUCCUGCUUCUCGCUGUCAUCCUCACCGCAGUCUGGUGGAAGUUUGGUAAGAACGGACGGAAUAUGGAGGAAUGAUGGAAAAGGAGCGAUGUGAAAAGGUGACGAAGAGGAGACAUAUGGAGUGAAUCAUGAAAGAGAAUUCUAUCAACCUAUCAAUCUUAAUGUAUUUAAGAUUAAUUCAUAAUACUGUAAAUACAGUGAAUGUGAUUGUGAUUAUUAAAAUGUUCAAUGGUCUUAAAUGUAUGUAGUUCUAGAUUAGAGAUGGGGUUUGUGUUUUCAGCAUUUGAUCAUCAUGAAUGCUUGUGCUUGGUUUAAUUUCCCUACAUGACCAUGUGGUGGCAGUAGUGCUGUUAGAAUGAAAUGAGGUGGGUAACCAUAGGAAAUUAUGUUUUCAGUUGUGAUAAUUUAUGUCAGUGCUUGAAUAUCGAUUAAAGACAUGCUCCGGAA